GUUUGACAUAGUCAAUUUUGACAAACAAUGCAAGGGGAGAAAGAACAUUCAUUCCCACAUAAACCUAAAUGAUUUGGUGAAUGAUUUGGGUUCAUCAUUAGUGACGAUUUGGUUCACUAAAAUCUUUCUCACCUACAGCUUGGAAAUCUCAGCAACACCGCACCCCAUCUGUCCAAAACACCACGCACGGCUUCUUUUUCCAACUCCUAUGAUGAAACCUAGGCCCAAAACAGCUUCAAUUUCAGCAAAAUCUGACGAAUCUGAGACCUACCCAUUUCAUCUGAUGCAGUUCUCUUGUCACUGAGUAGGCCAUUUGUAUCAGAAACCCCAAGGCAGAUAGAGAAACAGCUCGUCUGUUUGCCUUCCCACUUCACAUUCUUGGUGCAAUUCUUCUUGAGGAAUUGAGCUUCUAAUCUUCAUUGCCGUUAAGUGUCUUAAGUUGCUUUGACUGAGCGAGUUGGUGGCGCAACUGUUGCAAUUGAUCCACCAAUGGGCUUUCGCCUCUCUUUUUUUCUGUUUCUGGCAUCUCUUUCUGCAAUUUGUGCUCAAGAAGCUGAAGAUGCAACCAUUGUAGUCAAUGGAACUAAAGCAAUUGCUAAUACAGAUACUAAUUAUAUAUGUGCAACGAUUGAUUGGUGGCCUCCUGAUAAGUGUAACUACAACCAAUGCCCAUGGGGAUCCUCAUCCAUUAUAAAUCUGGACUUGUCACAUCCUUUUCUUGCCAAGGCUAUUCAAGCUUUCAAGCGUAUGAGAAUAAGAGUAGGAGGAUCUCUGCAAGACGAAGUGUUGUAUGAUGUAGGAAAUUUGAAAUCCCGUUGCAAUUCAUUUACAAAGGCGGGAGAAGUGUUUGGAUUUUCAAAGGGAUGCUUACAUAUGGAUAGGUGGGAUCAAGUGAACUACUUUUUCAAUAAGACGGGAGUACUUGUGACAUUUGGCUUGAAUGCACUGUAUGGGAGGCAAGAGAUAACAAAUAAAGUCUGGGGAGGGGAUUGGGACUCCAGUAAUGCCAAUGAUUUCAUAAAUUACACAAUUUCCAAGGGCCACCGGAUAGAUUCAUGGGAAUUUGGUAACGAGUUAAGUGGCAAAGGUAUUGGCGCUAGUGUUGAUGCUGCACAAUAUGCAGCAGACCUAAUCAAACUUAAAACUAUCAUCAACAAGUUGUAUAAGAACUUCCGCCCAAAACCUUUACUCGUGGCCCCCGGUGGAUUCUAUGAUAAGGAAUGGUACAAUAAGCUCCUUCAGGAUUCAGGUUCACUCGUGAUCAAUGCUAUGACACAUCAUAUAUACAAUUUGGGUGCAGGUGUUGAUCAUGAUCUUGUAAGUAAAAUUUUGGAUCCCAAUCAUUUGAGCAAGAUAUCACAAACGUUCAGGAAUCUUAACCAAACCAUUCAAACGUACGGUCCUUGGGCUUCUGCUUGGGUUGGAGAAUCCGGAGGAGCAUAUAACAGUGGUGCCCGUAACAUAUCUGACACCUUCGUAAACAGCUUUUGGUACUUGGAUCAGCUUGGAAUGGCAGCCACAUAUGACACUAGAGUAUAUUGCAGACAGACUUUAGUUGGAGGAAACUAUGGUCUCCUUGACACAACCACCUUCGUCCCCAACCCCGACUAUUACAGUGCCCUUCUAUGGCAUCGGCUGAUGGGAAAAGAAGUUAUUUCUGUUAAUAGCAGCGCUUCACCAUAUUUACGCUCCUAUGCCCAUUGCUCCAAGGGAAGAUCUGGUAUAGCUUUGCUUCUGAUCAAUUUAAGCAACCAAACCGAUUACAACAUCAUGGUUCAAAACAGUAUAAACAUCGACUUACGUGUGAAAGACAAGACUGAUGAGAAUAGAAAGUCUUUCACACACGUUCUUAAGAGAGCUGUGUCAUGGGUAGGAAGCAAAGCAUCAGACGGGACAUCUUUCAGAGAAGAGUAUCAUCUAACUCCAGAAAAUGGUGAUCUUCAAAGCAAAACCAUGUUACUAAAUGGGAAUCCGUUGCAGCUUACAGAUGAUGGAGACAUUCCGAGUUUGAAUCCAGUUCGUGUUGCUGUAAAUUCUCCAAUGUCUGUCCCUCCUUUGUCGAUUAAAUUUGUGGUAUUCCCCAAUUUCGACGCUUCUUGUUGCAAAUGAUUCUUUACAGAAACCACAUAGUGAUAGGGUGUUGUUUUCUGUUAUAUAUUAGUUGCAGAAUCUCAAGUUUCUGAAUUGGAUGUAAUUGUAGCUUGUAAUACAUUUCACAAUAUUUUUCUUGUGGGAAUUAUAAGAAUGAAUGCAUAUUUAGCCUCUGUUUAUCAAA